AUGACCGAAAUUGAAGUAAAAUCACGUUCCAGAUCCAUUAAAUCCUUUUCCUCCAAUGAAUUGACUCCAGACUCAUCAGUACAGGAAUUAAUUAACGAAUUAAGUUCUGAUAAUCAUAUUUCCGAACAUAGACUUAGAUUAACUAAAUUAGAAAAUGGUAAGCAAGUAGCUUUGAUUGCUCAUAAGACUUUUGCUGAAAACGGUAUUCCUAAGACUGCAAGCAAGAUUGAAUUGUUUGUCAAAGAUUUGGGUCCUCAAAUCUCAUGGAGAACUGUUUUUUUGGUUGAAUAUUUUGGUCCCUUUAUUUUCCAUCCAUUAUUCUAUUAUGUCCAAUCACUCUACGGUUCUGGGUCUUUCGAACACACGGAAACUCAAAAAUUUGCCUUUGCGAUUGUUCUUUUACAUUUCUUAAAGCGUGAAUUAGAAACCAUUUAUGUUCAUAAAUUUUCCAAUGCAACAAUGCCUGCGUUCAACAUUUUCAAGAAUUCGGGACAUUAUUGGAUUUUGUCUGGUUUCAAUUUGGCAUAUUUUAUUUAUGGUCCAAGUGAUAAGCUGGGAGUAUUAAAGUACUUUUUCCAUGUAAACGAAUUACCAAGUUACGUUGUGUAUGGUCUUUUUGGUUUGUGGGUUUUUGCUGAAUUAUCUAAUUUGACCACUCAUUUGAUUUUGAGUAACUUGAGAAAGGGUGAUUCUAAAGUUUACGUUAUUCCUUUUGGAUAUGGGUUCAACUGGGUAUCAUGUCCUAAUUAUUUUUUCGAAUCUUUGUCGUGGUUGGCCUAUGCCUUACUCGUAGGCAAUUGGUCAGCAUGGAUAUUCUUGUUAGUUAGUUCUGGUCAAAUGUGGCUUUGGGCUGUUAAAAAGCACCAGAGAUACUUGAAAACUUUUGGCGACGAUUACAAGAAGUUGAAAAGAAAGAUAUAUAUUCCAUUUGUUAUUUAG